AUGGCGGCCGUAAUGCCCAGCAUGGGAUACGCGCCGCAUCCCAACGAAAUGAUGAAGGCAGCGCAGUGGAUGGGCACACGAACAGUUGAAGUGGGAGUCGUACCCAAGCCCAAGAUCACCGAGCCCGAAGACGCCAUCGUCCAAAUAACCCACUGCACAAUCUCCGGUUCAGACAUCCACCUAUACGAAGGCGAGCUCAAAGACGCAAUGCAAAAAGGCGACAUCCUCGGCCAAGAAGCAAUCGGUCUUGUUGAAGAAGUCGGAUCGAAUGUCAAAUCCCUCAAACCCGGUGAUCGGGUCAUCAUCCUACCCGUCAUUUCAUGUGGCAACUGCGAUUAUUGCCAACGACAGGAGUAUUCACUCUGUGACAACACAAACCCAUCCAAGGAAAUGGAAGCCGCGUACGGACACCGGCUCAGCGGGAAGCUGGGAUACAGUCGGUUUUGUGGUGGGUAUCCAGGUGACCAGGCGGAAUACUGCCGCGUGCCGCAUGCGGACUUGUCGUGUGUCAAGGCGCCGGAAGAUAUCGAUGCGCGGAAAUUACUAGGCCUGACGAACGUCGUUACUACCGCUUGGCAUGCGCUGGAGUUGGCUGGCAUGCAGGAGGGUGAUGUGCUGGGUGUAUGGGGUUGUGGGCCUAUUGGUCUUACUGUGCAGCGACUGGCGAAGCUCCGUGGGGCGAAGAAGAUCUAUGCUAUAGAUAAGGAUACACAGCGACUACGGAUUGCCGAGGGUUUUGGAAUGACUCCUGUUGAUGUGGAUGCCCAUCCUGAUGUGGCGGAGUACAUUCUGUCAAUUGAGGACCAUGGCCUUGAUCGGUCUAUUGAGGCGAGCGGGUACCAUAGUUCGCAGGAAGCUGAGUAUCCCGCUAUGCAGGCGAUUGGGCUCGAAAGGGAUAGUAGUGAUACAUUAUUGGCGAUCAUGAAGGCAACCCGUAAGGGUGGUAAUGUGGCAUUGGUUGGGGAUUUCUUCUUCACCACACAGAACUUCCCGAUUGGGCCUUUGAUGCAGAAAGCGCUGACAGUGCGCGGUGGUCAAACGUGGCCACAAAAGUAUUAUCCGUUCUUGAUGGAUAUGGUGGUGCAAGGAAAACUCGAUCCAUCAUGGAUGUUCACGUAUGUGGAUGACUUCGAGAACAUUCCGGACAUGUACCAGAAGCUCUCGCAUCAUGAGGUUCCAGGCAGACUAAAACCGUCUCCCCCGCAAAAAUUAGCAACUCCACAAUUCUUCAUCAUGUUCCCCCCACCACCUAUUGCGCUUGAUUGGAAUAACCUGGGAUUUAAAGUCCGGGAUGGCAAUGGCCAUGUCGAAAUUCACUACUCCCAUAGCGGUGAGAACAAAUGGUCGGCACCGCAAUUCGUCGCUUCGCCCUUUAUACCAGUGCAUGGGAUGGCGCCGGGCCUAAACUACGGUCAGCAAGUCUACGAAGGUCUCAAAGCGUUCCGCCACCCAGCCAACGACAAAAUAACCAUCUUCCGCCCCGACCGUAACGCCAAACGCAUGCAGUACUCCGCCGAAGUAGUCUCCAUCCCACCCGUUCCAGAGGAUUUGUUCAUCGAGUGCGUACGGUUAGCAGUCGGUGUAAAUGCCGAGUAUGUACCACCGCACGACUCCGGCGCCGCGAUGUAUAUCCGACCCAUGCUCUUCGGCUCCUCUGCACAGUUGGGACUGAGCCCGCCGGAUGGGUACACACUGGCAGUAUUUGCUAUGCCGACUGGCGUGUACCACGGGGCUAGCGCAGUUGAUGCGCUAAUUUUGGAGGACUUUGAUCGCUGUGCACCGCAUGGAACCGGGGCUGCCAAGGUUGGUGGAAACUAUGCGCCUGUGUUGCGGCACAGUGACCGGGCACGGCGCGAAGGGUUUGGGAUUACCCUUCACUUGGAUAGUGCGACUCGCACUGAAGUUGAUGAGUUCUCGACUUCUGCUUUCAUUGGAGUGAAGCGUGACGGAGAUCAGAUCACUGUGGUCCAGCCCGAUAGCCGGAAUGCGAUUGACUCGGUUACGGCGGCGUCGGUGUUGGAAAUUGCCCGGACGUUGGGGUAUCGGGUGGAGAAGAGGCGGGUUGCUUAUGAGGAGCUGCGUGAGUUCGAUGAGGUUAUUGCUGCUGGUACGGCGGCGGCGUUGGUGCCGGUGGGUAGUAUUACGAUGCAGUCCCGUGGGGAUAAGUUCGAGUACCGUUGCGGGGCUCAGAAGGAGGGUGGUGAGGUUUGCAUUAAGUUGGUGCAGACGCUUCGUGGUAUACAAUCUGGAACUGUCGAAGAUACCUUGGGUUGGAACUAUGAGGUGCAGGCACCGCCGAAGGGAUGGACACAGCAAGGGGAGGAGGAGAUUGAGCUGAGUGGUGCCAAUGUCCCAUAA